AUGGAAUCAUCCACAUCUUUGACUCUCAAUGUUGAUGGCAACAACAGCAUUUCAUCACCCUCCUCAUGUAUACAUAUUACCUCUUCAACUUCAUCUCCUUCGUUGUUAAUGUCAACGACGAGCCAUCAUCCUUCGAGUUCAUCACAAAAUCAACACUACAACCUCACGAGAACCUCUUCUGCCACCCAAAAGCAAUCACCAACUUCGACUCCCCAAUCCAAUAAUAAUCACUCACAUCAUCAUCACCGAUCCUUCAAACAAUUCUUUUCAAAACUUGCCACAUUAGUCAAGCCAAAUCCUUCUAAAAAGAAGAAGAAGAAGAAAGAAGAAACAACCUCGAAUAAUUCUUCUUCUUCCUCCUUAUCGGGGAAUGGAACUCACCUUCAAGGCUUGAAUGAAAAAACUACAACACCCUCAUGCUCCUCCUCUCAACCACCACCACAAGUACCCCUCUCCAAUGCAGUUGCUUCUUCUUCUUCUUCUACCUCUCAACAACAACAACACACUCAUCCACAUUUCAUGUUUUCCUCCGUGAUUGCCAAGACAACACGAGAUUCUCGCACCAAAGUAAACAGCACAUCGAGUACAUCCUUGCCAGAUUCUGUCACUACGGUUGUGGGGGCAGAGUCGUCGUGUACAAGUCAACAUCAUUCUCCAUUGACCAAUACGACAGCCUUAUCCAUCUCUCCGAGAAUGGCAUCACAUUCUCACCAUCCUUCUGCAAGGAAUUUUAAUCAUUCGAGUUCGACGAUAUGUAAUGAGGAAGAUUUGGAUUUGGAUUGGGACGAUGUCGUGGAAGAUUUGGAAAAGUUCAGUUCCUUCAACACGACGACGAUGAUGAUGAAUCAUCAAGUUGGCAAAGAUGAUCAUGAGGAAAACAAACAACAUUGUUAUCAGGAUACGCACGAACAACAACCACCACAGCAUUAUCAAUUUUCCGUUCAAAAUCAAACACCUGUCACUGCUGCCACUUCGAAAUAUUCCAAAAGAAGACACACCACUCAUGUCACUCAUUCUCUAUUCUCUGGCAAGUCGUAUCAUCACUCCGCAUUUUCGAGUCCGAACAAAAUGCAAAAUUCUCAAAGAUCCAAGCGAGAGAGCUCUAAAUCUGAAAAUCCAAUCAAAGAUUUCUGGAGUGGCAACUCUGAUUUGGAUAUGAUGUUGGAUUUCGUGUGGAUUACGGAUGGUCCAACCACUACAAGCACGACAAUGGAAAAUGUAAAUAGAAAGAAGAACCCUUCUCUGUUAGAUGCUUCUAAUGCUUACAAUAUCUCUGUAGAUACGAAUAAUAACCAGAAUGGAAACAACAGUACCAGCCUUGUACAAAUCAAGUCAACCAGCGCAAGUAACUUGUAUUCAAGUUUGUCAUCGCAAGAAUUUGAGGAUUUUUCAUUCUCUCCUGGUUGCCUUCAAACCUCUUCAUCGAUUAUUGCCCUGUAG